CAAGUGAACUUAAAGCUUGGCACGCACUUCGAAGUCAUUAUGACACAGAGGGCAAAAACUUGGUGCUAAAAGAACUUUUUGCACAAGACCCUAGUCGCUUCGACACUUUCUCUCGUCACUUCAAAGGCGAACGUACUAGUGCCUCUAUCCUACUCGAUUUUUCGAAAAAUAUCAUUACUCAUGAGACUUUUAGAAUGCUCAUUGAACUUGCACGUGAGGCUGAUGUCGAGGGAUUCAGGGAUAAAAUGUUUAAAGGAGAGCACAUUAAUUUUACUGAAGACCGUGCAGUAUUACAUAUCGCUUUAAGAAAUGUCUCAAAUAAUCCCAUUUGUGAUAAUGGGGAAAAUGUCGUACCAGAAGUAAAUAAAGUCCUAGAGCAAAUGAAGAAUACUUCAAAUGCUAUCCGUGAAGGUCAAUGGACUGGAUAUACUGGCAAAGUAAUUACUGACAUCGUUAAUAUUGGUAUCGGCGGUUCAGAUCUUGGUCCUGUAAUGGUUACCGAAGCAUUAAAGCCCUAUGCAAAAAAAGGAUUAAAUGUACAUUUUGUUUCGAAUAUUGAUGGUACACACUUAGCCGAAACGUUGAAAAAAGUACAUCCUGAAACAACCCUUUUCAUUAUCGCGUCCAAGACUUUUACCACGCAGGAAACGAUUACCAACGCUGUUUCUGCUCGAACUUGGUUUUUAGAUACGGCAAAAGACGUGACUAUUGGACUUUCCAUUGCGAUUUACAUUGGCUUUGAUAACUUUUAUGAACUUCUUUGCGGUGCGCAUGAUAUGGACCUUCAUUUCCAAAACGCACCAUUGGAACAAAAUUUGCCAGUAAUUUUAGGUGUAAUUGGUAUCUGGUACAAUAAUUUCUUUGGCGCACAAACACAAGUCAUAUUGCCUUAUGAUCAAUAUCUCCAUCGUUUCUCAGCUUACUUCCAACAGGGAGAUAUGGAGUCCAACGGCAAAUAUAUUUCACGUUCAGGAGAACCGGUGAACUAUCAAACUGGACCUAUUAUCUGGGGAGAGCCUGGUACCAAUGGUCAACAUGCGUUUUAUCAAUUAAUCCAUCAAGGAACAAAGAUGAUACCAGCAGACUUUUUAGCGCCUGUUGAAACACAUAACCCUAUUUCUGAUGGUUUACACCAUAAGAUUCUCUUGUCAAAUUUUUUUGCUCAAACUGAAGCUCUCAUGAUUGGUAAAACUAAGGAUAAUGUAUUACAAGAAUUGAAUAACGUUAAAAAUAAAGAUUUGAUAGCACCUCACAAAGUCUUUACUGGAAAUCGACCAACAAACAGCAUCAUGUUCCAAAAGUUAACACCUUCCACCCUCGGAGCAUUAAUUGCAAUGUAUGAGCACAAAAUAUUUGUGCAAGGCACCAUUUGGAACAUUAAUUCAUUUGAUCAAUGGG